UUUAUUUGCUGACUUUGACUACUAAGAGGAAGCUUCCUAUACUCGAUGAUGUCACGAACUGAUAUCAGUAUUACUUAUGCUCCAUUGGAGCGGAAGAGGGGGUACACAGACUUGGCAAAACAGUACGGACAAAUUGAUUUAGAGAAACCUAGCGGAUCUGAUGAAACAAAAAUUGAUCAAAAUACCACGAUAAAGGAAAAUACUUAUGACAUCAGCAAAAAAAGACGUCAUAGAUUACAUCGUAAGAAGCAAACAACUAAUUUAGGAGAAGGAGGAGAAGUAAUGACGUCAUCUGGGGACAAAGACGCAAAGUCAAAAAAUAUUACGUCAUAUUCAGAACAUCUCCACGAAGGGACACAUACUGCCUGCCAAAAGGACUCCGAAUUGUUUCAUUUCCAAGAAGUUGCUACAAACUGACUAUGUAGUCAACUACGGACGAAAGUUAUGAGAAAGGAAUAUAAAA